AUGCCAGGACUUUAUCCAGCGCCAGUGCCUUUGUGCAUCUGCACUGGACUUUCAUCCUUAUCCAACACCUCCCUCACAAUCUUCCCCACCCUUCUCAUUCACCUCUCCCACGCAAUCUACCAUGCCCCACCCCAAUGCCCCAACCCCAUCCCCAUGCCCCAACCCCAUCCCCCACCCCCAUCCACCACUCCCAUGCCCCAUCCCCAUGCCCCACCCCCAUGCGUCUUUCCUCCCCGUCCCUCCCUGCAAACGCCAUCCCACCAGGUGCACCUCCCCCGCCUCCCCAUCUCCCCUCCCAGCCCACCCCCCACCGUCUUCCUGCUCCACUGCCCCCACCCCUCCCACCCCUCUGCACCCCUCCCCUCCUCCGCAUACCACUCCCGCUCCUCACCGCACCUCCCACCAUCAGCAUCUCCUUCCCCGGGCUGCCCCUCUACUCCAUCCGACCCACCUUUCCCCUCCGCCCCAUCCCCCCCUUCCGCCCCCUCCAUCUCCUCCCCCUCCUACGCCUACUUGGGUGACUUCCGUGCCCUGGGGGAGGCCUUCCGCCAUCACAACCUGCACCUCUCCCUCUCCCUCCUCCGCGUCUCCUCCGCCCCUCCCCCUGGUGAGGCAGGGACGCAUCUACCAUCCAGUGAGUCUCAUGGAGAGAGGUGUAUCUGGUGGAGGGCGUAUCUGCUGGUGAGCAAUCCUGUCCAGGGAGGCGCUUUGGGUGGAAGGCACAGUGCAGGAUGCCCAGGAGGAGGAGGAUCAGCAGUGGGUCGUACUGGGACUUUGAAUGACCCUGCUGCAGGGGUGAAUGAGGAUGUAAGCGCUGGAGGUGUGGCAUUCUUUGUCAGUUUCAAUGUGCGCCGGCGGGUGGAUGGCAAGAGGGUGCUUCCUGCAGUGUACUCGGAGAAUUACCUUUCACUGCUACCUGGUGAGGAGGUAACUGUACAGGUGGAGUUUGCUCAUGAGCCUUGCUCUGGAUGCGUUGAGGGAAUUUCCUCCAGUGGCUCCAGCUGUUCAAGCGACACGUGUCACAAGGAAGUGAUUGUUGAGGUGAGUGGCUGGAAUGUUUGUACGUCUUCUUGUGAUGUCCCUUUGCUGAAACCUUGA